AUGCUCGGCGGUCACUCACCAGCUGCACGAAUUCCACCUGCGGUCGCGGGUGCAGGAGCGCGGCGCGCUGUUCUCGAGGCGCCGUGGGUGCAUGAGGCGGUUAGCAGAAGGUCCAGAGAAGUUACAGUGCAGAAAGGAAGACACGAUGAUGAAGUAUCGGCCGCACAAUUCACCGUCUCCGACAACGUGACAGGCACGCACGGGAACCGCUGGCCCACUCCACUUCCCGCCCACCCCGCGGACGCCGCAGCGACGGCAGGGCUGGAGGCUCUCGUUGAACGCUGCCAAUGGCGCCCGCAGCGACUGGAUCCGCCCUCCACCCGCGACGGCGGGGAGGCAACGGUGACCCUCAGCGAAGCGCGGCCGUAUGAUGCAGAGGCAAGGCCUUACGCAGGAGUGGCUGGCGCCGCAAUUGAAAAGCGCAGCGCAGCUGCGAGCAAUGCUGGGGCGGCGGCGUUGGCCGAAUUCUCUGCCAAUACGACUGCAGCCGGUACUACCGCCCCGUCUCGAAUGCGCGAGACUUGCGGUGCGCCCCAGGCAGGUAGCGAUACGAUAUCAGCACACCGGCGGUUGAAUCUUGAAGCGCUGCAGUUGGAGGGAGAGCACGAUCUGAACGCCGGCCUGCCGCUUACUCCCUCGCAACAGCCAACCAACGAUUCGCCCGUAGCAACAACGGCGGGUGGGAGAGACGCCACUUCAGACGCGAUUGGACGAGCCGCGCAAGUUAUGGGCGAGGCCGGUUUGCAGCGGUGGUACGAGAAUCCUGGCGUGUGCACAUCCAUGAAGCAGCUGCCGGAGGACGGCGUGUGGAUCCCGCGGGGCACACGGCAUAUCAGGACCACCGCUACUAGCAAUUUGCACCUCACUGAUCGCUUUAUCCCAGCAAGCCCGAGAAGCCUCCCCGCCAUGUUGCUGUCCUCUCGUGCUGCCUCUUACUGCCGCACGCACAGCUACAGCACAUCCCACGACACCCGCCGACGGCCCUAUCUUCAUACCUCCUCCGCCCCGCUCUCCGCGCCCCUCCUCUGCCCCCCCACUGCUUCCCUCGCUCACUGCCCGCCCUCUCCCUCGGGCGCUGCAGGCGUGGGCAGUCCAACGGCCCGCUCCAGGCUGCGCUUCACCUCUCAUUCCCUGCCACGCGCCAACUCCGGGGGAGGGGGCAGCACGAGUGUGCUCCACAGCACGCACAGCAGCAGUGGCAGCGACUUGGCGUCGUCCCACGUGCAUUCGCUCAGCCCCCCACUGCGUGCAUCUGUGCACGCAUUGGCCGUCCCAUGGCAUCCUCCCGCCUCUGCUCCUGCUCCUCCGCCUGCUGCUGCUCCUCCUGCUGUUGUCGCUGAUGCUGCUCUGGCGAAAGAAGUUCAGGAGGAGUUGCAGGAGGCCACUGGACAGCAAGCUCCUCCCAUCAACACUGCUGUUCCCCUCUCUCCCCUCUCAUCCCUCCCUGCUCUCCCUUAUGCCCACGCAUCCCCUCGCACUGCCUCGCACCAGCACCUGGAUCGAGUGGGGUGGAGUCGCAGAGGGCGGCAGCAGCAGCAGCAGGCGUGGCGGCCUCUCCCUCCGGAGAACUUCAUCCCGUGGGAGGCCAUCUAUGGCCCGUAUACGCACACCUCCACGGGCCUCGCUGCUGCUGUUGCUGCCGCCAUCGCUGCCCCUUGCACAACUGCCACAACCUCCGCUGCUGCUGCUGCUGCUGCUGCUCCCACCGGUGCUGGUGGUGCUGCUGUUGGUGGUGCCGCCGCAGUUGGAUUUGCUGGUGGAGCAGCAGCAUGGGUCAACACUAGUGGUGAAGGUCACGGUUUGGCAGGGACGGUGGCAGCAACACGUGUUGCUGCUGCCUAUCCAUUCCGCUACCCGUCAUCCACACGCCCUGCAGCAAACACGCCUGAGCAGCUGCACUCCCAUGCGAGGCACAUGGGCGCACAGUCGCAACUAGUGAGAGCUAAGAGCGCAAGUGACUUCAGCAGCCCCUUGCUUGGGAGCGAAAGUCCUGAAGCUGUGGCAGCUGUGGGCGGCCUUCCAGUCACAUUCUCGCCUGGGUCGUGGGAUGGUGCAGCUGGUCGCCUUCACACCCAUAUUCACGCCACAACUGCACGCAUGGGUGGCCCGGUGCUCUUCACUGGCAAUGCGUCCCUGCUUGCCAAGAGGCGCAGAAUGUCCCCUCAGCAAGGGGCACCCGCACCACCUGCAUCCUCUCUGCAACCCGCACGCAUGUUUCCCCGCCCACAGGAGCAUCUCAAUGCCCUGCCACUACCACCUGCUAUUGCUACAAAUUACCUUGUAGAAUCACACCCCCGGCAGCAGCAAAACUCUAGCGCGCUUGACUCGAGUAUUCACGCUGGUUCUCUGCCACGGCAAUCACCUGCUCAGCUGUCUCCCCACGCACUGCUUCCAGCAUGCUCCGGCAGCGCCCUCGCUCCUGCAGCACACCUUUUCUCCACUGCCGGCAUCCCUUUGCUGCACCACCAUCCCCAUCGCUUCAUCCCUCGCCUCUCUGUGGCACCACUGCAGCAGCAGCAAGCCUUAGUGGCAGUGUUUCUGGCUCUGACGAGAAAUAGCACAGGGCGAGGGCCACUGUGGGGGGGCAGCAUGGAGAUGCGUAGAGGAGGGAGGGCAGGAGGCGGAGGAGCAGUGGAGGACGUUGUGGCACAGCUGGAGGACGAUGAGACGCGCACCAGCUGUCCAUUCAUGUAA